GCCCCGCCCGGCGCUGAGGUCAUUCCCGCGGGAGAAAGCGGCAUGGCGGCCUGCCGGCGGCUGAGCGGGGCGAGCGCGCGGGAGGUGCUGGGCCCGGCGCAGGGGCUGCUGUUCGAUUGCGACGGGGUGCUGUGGGCCGGCGAGCGGGCGGUGCCCGGCGCGCCCGAGCUGCUGGAGCGGCUGAGCCGCAGCGGGAAGGCCUCGUUCUUCGUCAGCAACAACAGCCGGCGCUCGGUCUCCGAGCUGGAGCGGCGCUUCAGCCGCCUGGGCUUCCGCGGCGUGCGGGCCGAGCAGGUCUUCAGCUCCGCGCUCUGCUCCGCGCUCUACCUGCGCCAGCGCCUGCUGGGGGCCGGCGGCGGCGGCGACGCCUGCCCCGGGCCCGGCCGGGUCUUCGUGCUGGGCGGGGAGGGGCUGCGCGGGGAGCUGCGGGAGGCCGGGCUGCGCCUGGCCGCUGAGGGCGGCCCGGCCGGCGGGAAGGACGAGCCGCCGGUGCGCGCCGUGCUGGUCGGCUACGAUGAUCAGUUCACCUUCGCUAAGCUGUCUGAGGCCUGCGGCUACCUGCGCGACCCACAGUGCCUGCUGGUGGCCACCGACCCCGACCCCUGGCACCCGCUCAGCGACGGGCAGCGCACCCCGGGGACAGGGAGUCUCACAGCUGCAGUGGAAACAGCCUCGGGGCGCAAGGCGAUGGUGGUGGGGAAGCCGAACACGUAUAUGUUUGACUGCAUUGUAGAGCGCUUUCAUGUGGACCCUUCCCGCAUCCUCAUGGUGGGCGAUAGGCUGGAGACGGAUAUCCUGUUCGGCAAGAAUUGUGGGCUUGCCACGGUCCUGACUCUGACUGGUGUGUCCCGUCUGGAGGAGGCACAGGCCUACAUGGCCAGCGAGAACCCUGCUGCAAAGGACCUGGUGCCCAACUACUAUGUAGACAGCAUUGCAGACUUGAUACCAGGCCUGGAUGAGUAGAGGGGAAUGGUUUGUACCAAUAUGGGCAUCAAGGCUGGAAAGCGCAUUGGUGUGAAGGGUGAAAUCUCGGCAGGUGCCAAGAG